AUGACGACGAGCGCGGGCGAAGGGGGGGGAGGGGCCCCUCCCUCCUCCCCCUCCCCCAUUUUUCCCAUUUCCGCCUCCUCCUCGCCGGCGACGUCGGGGUUUGCCUCCGCGUUUAAACUCCGACAACGGCCGGAUCCGCAGUGGUGCCGUCCGUUGGAGGAAAUCCUCGGGAUUUACACCGGAGGUCCGCGAGGGUGUCGGGCCGGGCAGCCCGGCCAUGAUCCCGCGGUGUAUCAAAAAUUUUUAGAUUUCAUCCGACGUCUGUUGGAGUACGAUCCUCGGCGACGAAUGAACUGCGCGGAGGCGAUUCGACAUCCGUUUAUCGCGCCGCUGAUUGAAAUGGAAGCGAAGGCGGCCGCCGCGGCCGCGCAGUAUCUGUAG